AUGGGUGACCCACAAACGUACUUUGAAGAACACGCAACUUGGUCAUUGAUUUCUUUCUUGCAAUACAGACGACAGUAUGCAAAAGAUUUCACAAGAGAUAAACUUAAAGAACAUAGGAAAUAUACGAAAGAACUUGAUAAUAUUAUUUCAAAUAAUGAAUCAAAAGAAAAAUGUGCUCAAGCUCAAAAAUGUCUUAACGAAUUUGAUGACGAGAAAUCAUCCCCAGAAGUAGAAGCUUUUUGGAUAUCGGACUCGAUAAAACUUACCAAGUUAAACUAUGCAAAAUCUACGUUGGAUAAAACCGUCGAAGAAGCAAAGGAAAUACGUUCGAUUGUGUCUGAUGAAACGAUAUCCACAUUGAGAGACGAUGUAAAAUGCUGUCCUUAUGUUAAUACUCCUGAAUCGAAGCGAGUACUAGAUCGAGAUUGUGAAAGCGACGAAAAGCCAAGAAAGCGCACAAAGACCGAAGAUGAUGACGAAUCAGAAUGUGAUGAAAGUGACAAUGAAUGUGAGUUAAGGCUAAACGUGGAAGAAAUGGGAUUUGACGACUCAUGCGCAAAAUUCUGGUCUGAUAAUGACGAAAAAUUAUCACGAAAUAUUGUAGGAGUCUAUCCAUAUUCUUUAUUACAAAUGGAUAAUUAUUCGGAAACGCAAGUAAAAACGUUCUCUAGGGAAACGUUCGAAGAUCUCAGAAAGGAUAUUAAAUCAAAGUUAAUCGGAAAAGAAAAAGUAACAAGGGACAUAAAAUCAUUCCUACAAGAGUACAUUGAGGUUGCUCUUGAUGAUAAUGAUGGUGGAUUACACGAACUUCGCGAAACCAUCACCAAAUCUUUUUCGAAAGAAUUUAAUUCAACAGCAGAGAAAGAAUUUCUUCGACGAAUGAAGUUUCUCUUUGAACAUCUGUCUUAUACUAUCCCAUUACAUCCAUUGAAAGAAAUUAUAAGCGAAGGGACACUUGUGGCGAAUAUAAUAAGUCCGAUUUUACGAAUUUUUUUUCAUGACUCAUACAUAUAUCCUACGAUAUGGCCGAAUACAUCCAGCACCAGCGUAAAGGUCCGAAAACUUGCCAUCGGUGACGGGAGAAGGCAAAAACAACACGGAAAAAAGAAUCUAAUCGACCUGGUUAGAUUGGGGAUAUUUAUGAAAGAUUCCCUUGAUAAUAUUUCGCGUAAGACCGGUGUCAAUCGGAUUUUCAGUUGUCAAGUUAUUGUGACAAAGUGGACCGGUUAUAUGAUGACAUUAAUUAGCCCAGGGAUUUACGUUAUGAUUGAUACUGGUAGUGUAGAUCUUCCAAGAUCUUUCGAAGUAUGCAAUACGUUUCUAACUGGUUUGAACACGCUGUUUGCAUUUCAGAUAGCGUAUGAAAAAACAAUAAAGGAUAUUCUCUCAAUUAUGAAUAAAAGUGAAGAAUUCGAGAGUGAUAAUAAUUUUAAAGGAUGGCGUCGAUCAACACUUGGAACACCAUCGUUCAAAAAAAUUGUGAAGUUCAAAUAA